AUGACAGAAAAUCCCCUUUCAAUCUCAACGCAGAUCGCGACUCCGGUUCAGACCGCCCUGAAUUCUAAUUCUGCGAUCUCUGCCAACGAUGCGCCGAACGCUGCCGACUUCGUAGAUGAUGAGCCAUACACGAUCAAGUGUAUUUGUGACUACAAUGACGACGAUGGAAACACGAUUUACUGCGAGACGUGCGAUACAUGGCAGCAUAUCGAGUGCUUCUAUCCUGGCCGAGUUGCCGAUGCCUCGAAAGCCGAAUUCGACCACUCCUGUGCCGACUGCAAACCGCGACCGCUCGAUAGACGGCAUGCGACCGAACGCCAACGGAGUCAAAGACAGAACAAAGCAGCCAACGACAGCGAUAGGAAAACCAAGCGACCCCCAUCGAAGAGUCACAAGAAGAAGUCGAAGCCGUCUGACCUUCAACUAAAUGGUUAUCACGACCACGAUGACCCCAAGAAUGGGAGCCCUCAAGAUCACCAUUCACAUUCAAAGAAAACGAAAGGCCAUCACCGAUCGAAUCAAUCCAUCAGCUCACAGAGCAAACGCAGCCCCCCUCUUAAUGCACGUCCUCCAUCAAACGCUCAUCCGCCAAGUCCGGCAAAUACCCCGCCAGACUUGCCACCUCACGUCCAGAUCCACUCCUACUCGGAUUACUUUCGAUCACUUUACGAUGAUGAUGAAACCUUCCAAACAUCGCAAACCAACUCUUUUGCGAGCCUACCGGUCACAAAUUCAUUAUCGCUAUGGCUUCAUGAUCCAGAGAAGCUGCGCGAGGAUGCCGGUGUCAACGACAAGGCAGAUGUCUUCCAGAAUCUUGUAGUGCCCGUCGAUAUGCUGAAGUGGCCUGAACUGCGAGUCGAACGAAAAGAUGUUACAAUCAAUGAUGAAAAUCUCCACUGGCGCUUCCUAAUUACCCCAACGCACCUCAGUCAGUCAGGUCGGAUUGGAGAGCUCAAUGGCGUCGUUGGUUUCCAGAAGGACUACUGCAAUGAUGAUAUGAACAAGUGGCAGGAAACAGCUCACCCAAGGCCCUUCGUCUUCUUCCACCCUCGUCUGCCUCUAUUCAUCGACACUCGUCAGGAAGGAUCUACAUGCCGCUACGUACGACGAAGCUGUCGCGCGAACACUGUCUUGGAGACCUUCAUUGCCAGUGGUUCAGAAUACCACUUCUGGUUGAUCAGCGAACGUCCACUUUCAGCCAACGAACAGAUUACGAUUCCUUGGGAUUUCCGAUUUCCAUCUCAUUCACGCUCACGGUUCCUACAUCUGCUGAAUCUAGGAGAUGACGAUGGGGCGCCUCUUGAUGUGGCCGAUAUCACGGAUGAGGAAUACGAGCACCUGACCGCUAUGAUUUACCAAGUCCUUUCAGAUCAUGGUGGCUGUGCAUGCGAUCUCGGUCCAGACUGCGCGUUUGCUCGAUUCCAUCGAAACUACUACGGCAGGGCCCAUGCUCAGACGAACGGAGCCAAGUUGAAGAAGGGCCGCAAACCUAAGCAAAACCAUGUCUCACCCACAAGUACGAGUCAUGCCACUAACAGUCGAGCUGCUAGUGAAGGCCAGCAGGAGCAAUAUGAAGAUGACAGCCGAUCGGUAUCUGGGUCAGUUCGAAGCAAGCCUCAUAGUCGCGACUUGACGCCUCUUCAUAGCAUUUCCGAAACCAAUGGUAUGCCGCUGGAGCUUACGGAUCGUGAAAAGAGAAAGAUAGCAAUGGUCGAAGACUCAUUUAGGAAAUUGGACCAAGGGCAGCCACCGCGCAAAAAGAAGAGGGCUUCGGACGGCGCCACCGCGACAUCGCAGCCUGCACCGAAACCAAGGCAAAGAUCUGUCGCAUCUCGAACGUCCAACUCGCAAGCAGCGUCCAAUUCUAAUGGCUUAAAAGGACGGCAAUACGUAGAUGCAAGCACAUCACGACGGCAGUCUGGAUCACCUUCUAGUGGAGUGUCGCCAACGGCUGCAAUCGCUUCUCCGGAAAACCCAAGUUCACGGCGGGAUUCGAUACCCUAUAGGUCUCGCCCGACGGGGACGGCUCCAACCCCAAAGACGUCUUAUGCCGACUCCUCCACUCAGACUGAUACUAUCAACAAUGAGUGGUACAGCAAGCCCUGCAAGUCUCCGGUUCCAAAAAGGACCAUUGUGCCUUUGUCGAAGCGUCUUCUUAAGAACAGACAUAAAAUUCGACAAGAACGCGAAUCACAACCAAGACUCGGCGUCGAUGAUCAGAGUGUGCGCGCCUCACCAGAUGCGUCGAUGGAUCUAGAUGCCCCUAGUCAUGAAGAGCGGCUCAACCAGGAAUCGCCUACAGAUGCCAGAGGUCGCAACGCAAGCAUCGCAUCCUCUACUCAGUCCGUGGAUGCCCCGUCUGCCGAUGUUAACAUGGUCGAUGCUCCUGCAAUUAUAAAGCCUCCACCGCCACCGCCAUGGCCCAACAGCUCAAACACUAAUGGCGCGGGAUCAAAUACUGCAUCUGGCCAAACAUCACCAGGUCUACGGGUUCAACUUCCAUCUACUCCUUCUUUUUCCACGCCGAAUUUGUCUGGGCCCGUUUCGGGCUCAGCGACCCCUUCUUCCGCCGCCGGAUCGAUUGCGCAGUCUCCUUUUGGAACCGUACACUUUCCCACUACCUUGGCCGCACCUGCUGUCAAUGGUGUAGGCCAGAAUCCGAACCCCAUCAAGACAACCAAGAAGCUCAGCCUGAGUGACUAUAGGGCCAGGAAGAAAAAUCUGGACACGUCUGAUAUGAACAAGUCGUCCGCAGCCACUAGCCCAACAGCAGCAGCAGCUGUCUUAAAACCUUUAUUAUCUAGCGUGGAAGAAGCUAAGGUGUCCGGAGUUUUAGAAGGAUCUGCGAUCGUCGAUACACCAAUGGUUGAAAAAACGACGGAU